AUCAAUGGUUUGAGUGACUCGCAUCCACUUUGGUGGAUGAUGAUGAAUCUGAUCAAGCAGGGAAAAAAAAACAUGAAUGACCAACUGAAUAGAAAUCUUAAUGAGCAUGCACAUGAAUCACAAACAAAGUGAGUUCAGAUACUAAUGAAAAUCUUGGUUGGAAAUGGCAAAAGUAUGGACUGGAACACCUCCUCUACUACCCUUACGCUCCAAGCUGCCAAGCCUCCAAUUCCAAUGCUGCUCAUACAGUAACACCCCCAAAAUCAGUGCAAGUUUUAAUAGGGAAAGAGAAAAAACAGAAACCCCUCAGAUAUUGAAAAUAGCAGUCAGUGGAGUCACUGAGCUCUUGAGACUUUUCUCUCCUCCCAAUCAAACAAGCGUUUUGAGUGAAGAUAUUGAGAAACAAACACAAGAAUCCCCAGUUUCAAGUGUCGAUGAUGUUCUCAUGAUCAUACAAUCUGAUUAUGAGAAAGCUUAUUUUGUUACAGGGAACUUCACUUCUUCAAUUUAUGCCGAAAAUUGUCUCUUUGAAGAUCCAACUAUCAAAUUUCGUGGUAGGGAUUUAUACGCGCGCAACUUGAAAUUGCUUGUACCAUUCUUUGACUGUGCGUCAAUUAGACUGCAAAAGAUUGAGAAGGAUGUUGAUUCUGACACAAAUUAUGUGGUGGCAUCUUGGAAACUAAGGACCAACUUAAAACUUCCUUGGAGGCCUCUCAUUUCAAUUGACGGAAGCACACUUUAUGAAUUAAAUGAAGAUUUCAAAAUUGUUAGGCAUGUUGAGAGUUGGAAUGUCUCUGCUCUUGAAGCAGUGUUACAGAUUUUCAAGUUUGAAAACACAGGUUCCGAUGGUUGCCCCUACAUCAUCCCUCCUCGAUCGGCGUUUGGUUUCGCCCAGAUGGUGACUUCAUGAAGGUCAACUUUGAGGCUUUGCUAUCAUACGUCUUCAGGGAUGGCAGGCCCGGGUAUAUUGCUCGUAAUGGAGGUGGUUUGGUGUUGGCUUUGACAACUUCUUUUCGAUGGAGGCUCUCUCUCCGAUGGUGGCGGAGGUUAUGGCCUGCGAUGGGCUCUUACUUUGUCCUUAUAGUUGAGUUUUCGUUCAGUUUGUUUUGAGACUGAUUGUCUCUAGUUAUUUCAGAGGUGGAUGGGAGCCUUUGGGGGAGUAUCAUACCUUGACUAUUAUUAGCGGUUUUCAUUGUUUAGUUUCUUAUGAUUUUGCUGAUUUUUCUUUUGUGCGUCGUAUUGGUAAUGUUGUUGUUGAUAGCUUGGCAAAACUUUCGCUUUCUAUUGAUUUUAGAGUCUGGAUUGAGGAGGUCCCGAAUGGGUCUUUUCUUUAGUCCUUCAUGAUGUAAUGAUUUUUGUGUCAUCUUCUUGUCUUUUCCUUUCACCAUG